UUUUCACACGCGUGCGCAGUUCGUGCAUCCUGCUUAUGUUUUCGUUAUGGCUACUGUUAAGCUAAGUCAAAACGAGCUGAAAAUGACAGGACCUGCGGUUUAUGUUUUAUGUCUGCUUUUUGCCCCAGUCACAUUCACAGAGUCGUCGUCUAGGCAGAUGAAUACGGAAAACAUCCUGAUUAAUGUGACAGCAGCGACAUUGGCAGACACGCAGUUACAGGACUCCAAUAAUUUGCAGAUAAAUCUAAACAUAUCGGUGGGUGAUGAGCAGGUGUUGGUCAAUGACAUCCCCGUGGAGCUGUCAGGGGUCACAAGAUUCAACUGCCAGGCUCUUCUCUUGGAAAGCACUAAUGGCAGCAGUGAGUUUGAGUCUGGAGACGUGGUAUCCACUGUUACCCGGGUCAUGGUGAGCCAGAACCGCCUGUACAGCGACUCCGAGGAGGUGGUGGCUCUGCAGGUGUUCAGUGAAGUUAUAGAGAUGGAGGGCAAAGAGGUGCAGCAGCCUGACAUGUGUGAGGUGAAACUACUGAUGAGUCCAGAUUUCCAGAAGCUCGCACAGUUCACUAAUAUAUACCCCAUCGGGCACAGUGAGAUCUUCAGGGUGCCCCGUGAAAACGAUGUGGUCGUCACAGAUCCACCAAAUCCAAGAAAAGCAGAGGAGCAGGUGAUGUCCCACACCACCAGUCAGUACCCUCUGAAGCACAGCGAGACCACCCAGGAGGAGAUUGCAGCACCGGGGAAGCUUCCUGAAACUCCCCUCCGCAUGGACCCCGACCUGAUGUAUGACGUCAGAUAUGAUGACGAGUACGAUAACAAGGAGACGGGCCAGCCGGAUCAGAUUCAGAUGGAGACUCCGCCCAAAGAAUUUAUAUCCUCCUACUCGGCCAUGUGCCAGUGGGUGGAGCAGGUCCGGGACCGUCUGAGGCACUUCUGCUCCGAGUCCCUGCCGCUCUUCUUCCUGGUCAUGUGGGUGGUGGUGAUCGGCGUUGUUGGAUCAGCCGUCAUCGUCAAGAUCCUGGACUUGUUCUUUCCGACCUGUGAACACAAGCACAUUUUCCACAUAAACCCUGUUACUUUGUUGCCAGAGGAGGAGAAGCACACUCUGCUGGAGAACAUAGAAGUAGAAGCAGAGGAGGAAGAGAAGAAACCGUGAAUGAAGCUCCACUCAUCCAGCUCCCUUUCUCUCAGUUUGCUCUUCUUUGUUCUGGAUACUGUUGUACAUUUUUUGGCUAGCUUUCCCUCCCUUACGCGAACCACUAGGUUUUGGUUUUUCACUUUGAUUUCCUCUCUGAGCACAUGAGUCUACAAACAGAGGGGAGGCUCCCACACUAAAGAGGCACUAAAGUCCGUUUAAAGACGUUAAACUGACUUAACUCAGUUUGUCGUGUAAUGUCAGUGCAUGCGAAUCCCACAGAUUCAGUCACAUGAGAGCGGAGAAGAAAGAAAGCAGUUUGAUAAAUGAAGUUCAUGGGAUGUGGUGUGAGUUGUGCAGACACUGUGGCUUUCACAUACUGAGCAGAAUGUGUGUGAACAGGAAGACACAAACUCCUGCGCUCCGAUUGGUCAAGAAGACUAAUUAAGAAAUUCAAUAAACUUUCACAAAUCUCCCAGAAAUAACCUGAAAGAGCACUUAUAAUGGGAUUUUAAAACACAUGUAUUUAUUAACCCUUCUGACACUUUUUUUGUCCGAUCCCAUCCAUGAAGUAUCUGUUCUUUAUAAAGGUUCAGAAUCCCAAUACUUUAUUAUUCCUGGGGGAAACUGUCGUGUGUUACAGAAAUUAUGUGAUUUUUAUGGAAAGUUUUCAGCAGUAAAGGGGCAGUUUGUUAAAAUGAAGAUUCAAAAGUUAACUCCAAGUAU